CGUAGCGGUUGUUGUCGUUUCGCUGCAGAGUCUCAGAGAGAAGCUUCAGCUCGGACCGGCAGCGGACAGAAACGACAGAAAUGUGGUUUUAAAUAUUUGUAUUUUUACUUUUUACCAAGCGGACAGCACGUGCUUCCCGCCACAUGAGCCGCACGGGGUGUUUACGGGCGUUUAACAAGAAGAAGAAGAAGUCAGGCAGCAGCUAACUUAGCUCACCGCUAGCUAGCUAGCAGCUUAGCUCCGCCAGACAUAAGGAUGGCGUCUCCCUUUAAAAUACCGAAGAAGAAACAGCCUGCAGGGUCUGACUCCGCCCCCCUGCACCUGCAGUCCCCGCUGUCCCGCCUCCAGAGCCCCGCUUCACAAGUUAAGGGUUAUGGAGAUCAGUCCAGCAGAAGAGGUGCUGACAGGGUGCAUGCUGGGAACUCCCUCGGCUCCCCUACACACAGACAGAGCGCGACGUGUAAACCGCUGUUCAGGGACGUGGUGAAAACGCUGCUGGGACUCAACAGCCCGGACAGAGGCGGAGCUUCAGCAGCCAAUCACAGAUCACCAGGAAGCUGGAGGAGCCAAUCACAGGCAGGAGAGAGGGCGGAGUCGUCCUCGGCCUCAAACGGGUGGCGUCCUAAGAGAGCGUCAGACCGGCUGCUGCGGCCUGAGGUGACCUCCGAGUGCCUGUCUCCACCACAGAAGAAGAAAAGUGAUGAAUCCUCAGGUUCGUCCUCAGGGACUCGGAGCAUCUCUGUGGAGUCGGUGGACUCUCUGGCGAAGCUGCGAGGUGAGGUGCAUGCUGGGAGUCGGAGUCCUCCGACGCUCGGAGCGAGGACGUGGAGGAGAGUCGAGCCCGGCGGAGACACGACGAGACGGGACGCCGCUGAGGGGAAGAGCGACGCAGAUAAAUCUCCUGAGAAGAAGAACUCAUGUCUCUCAGGUUCAGAUCAGACGUCAGACGACGACUUCGUCUCUCCGUCCAGAACCCUCGGCCGCAGACCUUCCUCCUCCUCCUCCUCCGUCUCCGCGGUGAUGUCACCGGGGACGACGCCGGGCAGGAGGCGGAGUCUGGACAGGACGGCGUGGAUCGCCGCCAGCAGCCACCUGAACGAGGACGUGAGGGAGCAGGAGAGACGGAGGUGGAGGGAGUUCAGAGAGAGGAAGACCCGAACCCUGCAGCCUCGACCGAAGAGACCCAGACAGAGUCCAGCAGAGCCCAUUGUGCUGUCGAGCGAGGAGGAGGAGGAGGAAGGAGACGGAGCGAAGAGGACGUCCCUCAGCAGCAGGCGGGCGGAGGAACCCCGUCCAGGAAACUCAGGACAGAAACAGGGUCUCCAGACCAGGAACCAGGUCUGUUCCUCCAGAGCUGAACCAGGUCUGGACCAGCCACGGACGCCGCCGCCGCCUUCGUUCCUGCAGCUGGAGUUCACCUCGCUCCACGCCGGCCUGACGCACGCCGACGCCGACGGAGACGUGCUGAUCACUGAAAACGGCAUCACUGUUCCUCUGAAAGUAUCAGGAGCAGAGGAGCUGGAUGUGACCGUGGUGGCGUCGCAGCUUCGUGGUUACGGCGUUUGGGACGGAGGCGUGGCUCAGGGCGGGGCUCUGCUCGCCGGUCGGGAAGGCCCGGCGCCGUCGCUGCUCUUCCUGUGGGUGACGGACGCUCAGGCCAACCUGCUGCACAGAGAGCUGUCGGCCGGCCGGAGCUCCGCCUCCUCAGGUCCGCCCUGCUCCUUCCUCCUGCUGGUGUUGAAGGAGCAGCUGCAGGAGCUCCAGGCCGCUCUGCUGGCCUCCAUCCUGGACAUGGACGAGUACAAGAAGGGCCGCUCCUCCUCCUCCUCCUCCUCCUCCUCCUCUGGGCUGACCUCCCCUCUGGACUGGACCGACGGGCUGCUGCUCCUCCACAGCUGUCCUCCUCCUCUGGACCAGCACCUCCUCCAGCUGCUGGGACACUCUGCAAAACCCAGUGAAGUCAGAAACAGUCAGAGGAAGAAGUCCGGCCUGAACUCCUCUGGUCUGCAGCAGCUUCCUGCCAGGUUGAUCCAGUACCCCGCGGCACCGUGUAAAGGCCGGAUCUCCGUGACGAAGGAGGACCUGGCGUGUCUGAGCGACGGCGAGUUCCUCAACGACGUCAUCAUCGAUUUCUACCUCAAGUAUCUCCUCCUGGAGGGAGUGGGAGGAGCUGUGGCCGAGCGGAGUCACGUCUUCAGCAGCUUCUUCUACAAACAGCUGAGCAGACGGAGAGCGGCCGGAGAGGACGACGCCCCCUCUGUCCCCGACCGUCACAUGAGGCAUCAGAGGGUGAAGACCUGGACUCGCCACGUCGACAUUUUCACCAAAGACUUCCUGUUCGUGCCUGUCAAUCAAGAAGCUCACUGGUACCUGGUGGUGGUCUGUUUCCCGGGUCUGGAGGAGUCUCAGUACGAGGACUUUGAGAGGAGAACAGGUGGAUCAGAGCAGACGACAGGAAACACAAACUUCAGCCUGAGAACACAACAACCACCGGAGUGCACUCAGCAGGGCUGGCAGAGGGACACGGUGAUGAAGAGGCCGUGCAUCCUGGUCAUGGACUCUCUGAAGCUGUCGUACCAUGAGAACGUGUGCAGGCUGCUCAGAGACUACCUGCAGGUGGAGUGGGAGGUCCGGAGACGGACGCCUCGACUCUUCACGUCCGACAACAUGAGGAGCUCCAACUGCAGAGUUCCUCAGCAGGACAACAGCAGCGACUGUGGACUGUACCUGCUGCAGUACGUCGAGAGCUUCCUGCAGUAAACAAACUGCUCCUGAGAUUAAAACACAGUGAAACUCUGUGAUAAGCAGCUGACAGAGCGUCGUCACCACAGUCACAACAUGCAACAUGAAUUAUUCUCAGCAUCCAUGACUGAAAACAGAUUAAUGUCCGUCACAGUCUUUAAAUGUCCUGUCGGGUCCCAACAAUCCACAACCCAAAUCUGUUCCUCUAACAUCAGCAAAGACCGAGAGAAACUCACCUUUCCUCCUUCAGAGAGAAGAAGAGAGAGUUCUCCCUGAUUUAUCCAAAAACAUUCAAAGUAAACGUGAACACGUGAACUCAGAAAGAGAGAAACCUGAAAGCAGCUUUUGGUUUCAUGGGAGAAAAGUGGAGCAGCUGAGCGACUCAGCAUUUUCUCAAACUGAUAUUAAAAAAUCUGGACCCCUCCCUCCCCCCUCCCUCCUGCCUCCUGCCUCCUGCCCCCUCCCACUC